CACAUAAAAUUGUUAAGCUAGUAGAUAAGAAAUAUCAGUCAUGCUCAUUUUUUGUUCAAAAUAAUAACUUUGUAAUUACUACAGUUCUGCCAUGAUAAAGGAAUAAAUUAUCCGUGAUAAAAAGUGGAAAGAAGGGGUCGCGGGUAAUAGUUUCUGAGACACCAUGAGGAAGGUUCCUCCCUUUACACAGAAGAAAUUAAAGAAAAAAACCAAGGAAGUGGCCAGAUGGGGAAUCUGAGUCUGUCACAAGGAUAGUGCACUCUGACUAGCAGGAGAGGAUGCUGCUCUAUGCCGGAGCAAGAAACAAUGGGACACAGAGAGCCCCAGUGACCAAAGACGAAGCCAGUUGCUGGGUUCUCAGAAGAAGAGGAAAAAUAUGUGCAUCGUCUGUUCCGCUGAGUUUGCAAGAUAGCAGAGGAAGAAAGUAACAUAUUGAAUUUUGUCAUUACAUUUCAGGAACCCAACAGCCAAAAUACAACUUCUAACCUUGCUGCAACGAAAAGAUGAACUUUCUGUCAACCUUUGUGACAUUUGAGAACCUCCAUGAGGUUCGGAGAUUGUGCCACUGGGGACCAAUCAUAGCGCUGUCUGUCAUUGCGAUAUGCUCCACCAUGGCGGUUCUGGACUCGAUUAUCUGGUACUGGCCGCUAGACACUACAGGGGGCAGCAUUAACUUCAUCAUGCUCCUCAACUGGACUGUUCUCAUCCUCUACAACUACUUCAAUGCUAUGUUUGUUGGACCUGGAUACAUUCCUCUCGGCUGGAAACCAGAUAAUGAACAGGAAGCCCAGUACCUACAAUACUGCAGAGUGUGCCAAGGACACAAGGCCCCCAGGUCCCACCAUUGUCGCAAGUGUAACAGGUGUGUGAUGAAAAUGGACCACCACUGCCCUUGGAUCAACAACUGCUGCGGCCACUUGAACCACGCCUACUUCACUAGUUUCUUGCUGCUGGCUCCGCUGGGCUGCUCACACGCUGCCAUCAUUUUUAUAAUGACCAUGUACACACAGCUGUAUGAGCGGAUAUCAUUUGGCUGGAGCACUGUAAAGAUUGAUAUGAGUGCUGUGCGUCAGUUCCAGCCCCUCAUGCCCUUUAGUGUGCCUGCUUUUGCUGCCACACUCUUUGCCUUAGGCCUGGCACUGGGCACCACUAUUGCUGUUGGCAUGCUUUUCGUCAUACAGUUGAAAGUCAUCCUUCGAAAUAAAACCUCGAUCGAGUCCUGGAUCGAGGAAAAGGCCAAAGACAGAAUACAGCACUACCAAACAGGGGAGGAGUUCGUCUUUCCGUACGACCUCGGCAAACGCUGGCUGAACUUCAAGCAAGUUUUUACUUGGUCAGGGACGCCCAGGGGUGAUGGCAUCGAGUGGCCAGUCCAUUCCAAGUGUCACCAGCACACCUUAACUAUAGAGCAGCUGAAACAGAAAGCUGAUAAAAGAGUGAGAAGUCAGGUCCUAUACCGAGCAGUGGAGGACUAUAAUGGAGCUUGCUGCCCUCUGAGCAAAGGUCUCCAAACCUUUUUCAGAACUCCAUGCACCGAGGAACCCCGAAUUCCCCUCAAAAAGGGGGACACCAUCUUAGCAACCCGUGGAACAAAAUGGUGGAUGUAUGGAGAUAAAGCUUUGAACGAUGACCAGAUGAAAGUGGGGGAGCGUGUAAGAGGAUGGUUUCCCAGGAGAUGCGUGGAGAAGUGCCAUUAUGACACAGCUGCCAGUGAAAGCACCAGCGAUAAGAAAGUGAAUUAAUAUAUUGAACAGGCUUCAUGCAGAGCAGGGGAGUUAAACUGAACAAAAAUGUGUCUGUCUGUGUUCGUAAACAUUCAUCCACUGAAGAUGUCACGCCUGAUGCUGCAGGCUCCCCAUCCCAGAACACCACACUCUGACUCAAAACCCUCACACAUUUCAACACCAACCUUUAAAUCAAGAUUGUUUUAAAAGUCUUACCGGCAUCUUGCUGUCAAAUAUUCUUUUGAAGAGGACUGCAGAAUUAUGUUAGAUUCAGUUUUACUCCUCUGACCAAAAGUAGAAUUGAUUAAAAGUCUUACUUUCCAAGAAUUGCCACCAGGCUUUAACGUGACUUUGUUGUGGUUACAUGACUUUUUACUUGAACUGUUCUUUUUACUUGUCUUGAUGUCCUUUUUUUGCUAAUUAUGCAAUGCCUCUGCCCAGCUAACCCCAGGGCCCCGUCAUGCAAUUCUUUCUACAGUACUGAAAUAACACCCAAUUCCUUUUUUUUAUUAUUUUUGUAAAAACAAAUUGUUGGCCUCAAAAUAUAAGUUGAAAAUUAAAAAUGUUCUGCUACAAAGUU